AUGGAGGUGGCAGGGAGGCAGAAGCAGCAUGCGGAGUUUCUCUUCAUCAGGGACAAGAAGUUGAUACGUGUCUUUGCAGCUUCCGGGUUUGAAAUGGCUUCCAUACCCUCGGACAUCUUGACGGACGUGCGAGGCCUCAAAAAGCAGCUACAUGGUAUUUGCGGGUUUCCACGAUUCAGGCAGCGUUUGCUGUACAAUGCCUCCAUUCUGCAGGACCAGAUGAAGCUCGAUUCCGAGAUGGAUCUGCAGCUUGUAACACUUCCCUUCGCCCCUGUUCCCAUGGUCGACCAGAUGAAGCCGUACCUUGCCACCGAUUCCGGUGACCUGGACCAGCUAGAGGAGUUUCUUCAAAGACCAAUCGAUCCGAAUCUGCACACGUUUGGAGAUCAAGGUGGCCUGACUCUGUUGCUUUAUGCAGCAUACAAGGGUGGACUGGAGGCUGCAGAAAUGCUUCUGGAGGCGGGUGCUGACCCAAACCUACCCGGUGGACCCAACAAGGACACUCCUCUCGGAGUUGCUUGCUGCGCAGGUGAUGAGAAGAUGAUUCGCCUGCUGAUGAACGCCGGUGCCGACAGCGACAAGGUGUGUGGUCGUUUUGGCGAGACGCCACGGAGCAUUGUGUCCGACAAGGGGCACACAAAGCUCUUGCACCUAUUUUAA